AUGUCGACUAACGAACAGCCGGACCUGUUGUUUUUCGAUACAUUCUCCCACGACACGAGUGAGGAGCUUAAUUUGGAUUUGGUGCAGUUUCCAAAGUCAGUUUACGUGAGAGAGAUACGUAUAAUUCCUUUGGGAGCGCGCGUGGAAGGCGAUUUUCCCGGCGGAGUGCGUCUGGGAGCAACAAACCCUACAAAGUUUCACAUAGACUUCUUUGUGAACGACCUGAGCAAGCCUGGUGCGUCGACGUUCGAGGCUCUGGGCAGCCUGGACUACUGCCAGAAUGGACAGAUACAUAUGGAGUGUGGGAGUGGACUGGAUCAGCCCAGGAUACCAACUGACGGACUUGUGCUUAGAGGAUGGUACACAACAAUCACUUUGGCAGUCUAUGGUAACCUGACCCAAGUUCUGCCUGAAACUCCAGUGGGUGCUAAUCCUCCUCCAGUGGUACAGAGACCUGUGGUCACCCGAGAAGUGCCACCAGCUCCCGCACCCACUGUCCCACCCAACCCUGAGUGGAGCCAGGAGCCCUCUGUCCCAAUACCUGCCUACACUGGUAAUGUUGCAGCUGCUAACCCUGAUGUCUAUGGACCCAACAACUAUCCAGAGAAUUAUGAGGGUCAGAUGUACAGAGGCGACUACUAUGAGGCUGAACAACCAAAAGAUCCCAGGACUUACCAGCACAUGGAAGAGAAUGCUUGGGAGAAGAGAGACCUCAGCUGUGAAAGAGAACCUGACAGGAUGCGACACAGCCCGCGCUCUAUCGACCACGACAGAGAUAGGAGAGAUGCGCGCAGUCGGAGACGUUCCCUCGACAGGGGACGAAGCCGCGAGUCUUCUAGACUUCGAGAUAGAAGCAGGGAAAUCGAUAGGAUGGAUAGACUUCGAUCUCGAUCCAGGAGUCGCGACAGAGAUUAUGUAGUUAAAGGAGAAUAUCGGCCGCUCAGUCGAUCACGAUCUCGUAGCAUCGACAGAUUGCGAGGAAUGUCUACCGACCGCGACCGUGACCGAGACUGGGACAGGGGAGCCUACAAGAAGGACGACUACCGCCGACACCGCGAGCCGUCCUACGAUAGGUCUCGUGGCGGAUCGUACGAUAAAGACGCUGGUUCAUACGAACGUCGCUCUCCAUACGACAAGAGAGCUCCAUCAUAUGAGAGGAAAAUUCCUUACGAGAAGCGCUUAUCUCCGUAUGAAAAGCGAGCCUCGUCGUAUGAACGAAGGGCACCUUCUUACGAGAAGCAAUCUUCUUAUGACAGGAAGCGUCACUCGCCUUACAGCCGCAUCAGAGGAUCUAGCUAUAGUAGCCGCUCUCCAAGUCGAGAUGAUCCUCGCAAAAGACCAAGAACUCCACCAGGAGAGAGUAGCAGGAGACCUUUAUCUCCAAGAGAAGUGGAUGCUACAAGCCCGAUUAACUCCAUACGUUCUGAAGAAGGUGCGGACUAUGACAGAAGUGGAAAACAAAUUCCAAGAGUUGACUUCUAUCACCAGAGUUAUCGACACAAAACUUCAAUCAGAAGUCCCUCUCAAGAAGCAGAAAAUGCUGCGUAUGCUGAACAACAACAUAACAGUUUGGUCACUGUCCAAAUAGUUGACAACACCACCACCAAGCCUAUAGAAUCACCAAACCGCAAUAUUGACGAAGACAGAUCCAUGGAUGCGGAACAGUUUGAACCUAUUUUAUCAGACGAAGACAUUUGCGAUGAUAUGGAGGGUCCCGCUUACAUGGAAGUCGAUUAUGACGUGAAUGAUUACUGCGGCGUGGAUGACAUCAUCAAAUAUUACAAUCCCUUCAAAUGUGAUUGGAAGAAGUACGAAUAUGUUAAUAAAAUACAUUUGUUGGGACCUAAUAAAGAGGGUGCCAAGAAUGUGUUGACUGCGACAUUUGAUGAGUUGUGUGAUGCUAGUCCAGAACUAUUUAAAAUCUCAGAAUUGGCAAAAUCUAAUAAAAAAUUGGACCAAAAGUUCUUCGCGAGCACGUUCCUUGAAAUCGACAACACGGCGAGGGAGGAGUGGGUGCACCAGUGUGAACAACUGUUCGUGUCCAUUACUACUCUUUUCAAAAAUACCGACAUUGUUCUGAGAAUCUUUAAGAGUCCAAAUCGGAGUGAUUCCACAAAUGAAUUUACUGAGAUAUAUCAACUGCUAACAUCUUUCUGUAAGAUUGGACUGACGUUUGACUUAGCUUUAGCACAACAACAACCAACCUACAAGAUACGCCACAUGAAGUGCGGCAUACGUCUCGCUGAAGCUCUGACGGGCCACAGACACAACGGAGAAGUGACGAAACUACUCCUCUCGUCUGGCCUAGACAUGCCUAUGUUGCUACUGGACAUGUAUUCCAGGGAAUACAUGGCCUUGAGUAUCCGUCUCAUGAUUUUGAAGGCAUUGAACGCCUGUCUCUCGUCGAAGGAGUCCAUAGAUCAUUUCAUGAAAGAAACUGUUUUCCCCAAGUUUGAUAAAAGUGAUGACAGAAAACCAAGAAAUGGUUAUCAAGCAUUAAUAACGAUGAUGCAAACGAAUCCUCUAGCCAGGCUGAAGUUCUCCAUCAGCGCCUUGAUAAAGAAAUUGAACAUUUAUGAACUAUUGCAAAAGCUACGGAAUUUGGUGAUUGACUUCAGUAAAUCAGGAGAUGACUCUGAGAUCUCCGAAGCUGACUCACAUUUCAUAGUGAACUCCUUCGAGGAGAUAUUGCACAUGUAUCGGUCCCAAUGCUUCCACUUGUCGCAACCAAAGCGUUUCCUUCCCGUCUCCGCUCAGUUUGAGAUCAGCAAAGAAUGCUCUAAUGAAACCUUACUCGAGUUCUUCAACAUCCAUCAAAUCCUAGAAGUUUGUUUGUAUUUGUUAACUUGUCCCGGAACAUGUAACAAUCUUGUCGUAGUUAGCCCUAUCCAUGAUUUGAUCUAUGAACUAAUUAAUUCUCAAAAUGGACUGAACUUCCUCUACAACAACAUUGAGAUGAGCGGACUGUUGUUCAAGACACUGACACUGCCGUACAGUCAACAGAAUACUGAGGACUUCGUAUACCCUCAUGACCUGAGCAAUUAUAGCGACCUACAAAUAUUAGGCUUGGAACUAGCUUAUAGACUGAAAGCUUUGUAUUACUUGCAGUCGAUAUGCGACCAGCAGGCAGGGAAGGCCGACGAAAACGAAUUGAUCGAUCGUCUCCAAUCACUUUACUGUCUCAGUUUUGGCAGCAUCGGUAGGACUGCCGUGCCAGAUGUUAUUGUGAUGGGAGAUAACGCUGAAUGCCUUAUGGAGGUAUUCGAGAAUGACUUGAAAUCUAAGACUAAAAAUGAAUCUCCUUUAAAACAAAAAUCGCCAGCGAAAGGAUAUGCCAUCGAGUUGAUUGUCUCUGCGGUGCGAUUCGCUGCCAAUGUUCCAUUCCUGAAGAAGUAUGGACAAAGACUCAUCAUUGUGUCCAGGGAACACGAUAGAUUCGAACCGAGCGUGUCAAGUGUACUACAGGAGGUGAUUCCUUAUCUGAAACCUGUUGAAAAGCCAACAGUUUUGUCUGGGGAAGAUAUGGCCGAAUGCGUGGAAAUACUCAAGGCCAGCUUAGAACACGCUCCCGACCUACCAGGAGAGCUAAUGACGUGUUUGAGAAUCUUGCGACACUACUGUAUAUCAGAUUACGAGAACAAUGUUACGAUUGCGUGCGAGUCGGCAACAGAGGAAUAUGUCGAGCUGAAAUAUAAGUACAACGUGCUGCAACUGUUCUCCCUGGACGGUGUGGCGCACUUGGCCGGGCUCCUGGACCGACUGGCCACACAUUUCGACCAGCCUAGCAUGCACACUUCAUUAUUCGCUUCGGUCAAAGGCCUGCAACUAGCGCAGAUAUUACUUCCUUGUCUAAGACUAUUAGACUCCAUGUUAUCUAGAGUAGUGCGCUGCCGAGGACCAAGAUUCCGCGAUUUGACGGCUGCUCCUGUCUUGUUGAAGACGUACGGAAUAGCCAAAGCAUACCCAGUAGGCUCGGUGGGGUACAGGACUGCUGCUAAGGCCGCGGAAGCUUCAGUAAGGGCAUUACUAGCUUACGCUCAACCCAUAGCUGAUGACGCUAACGAUGGUGAUUCCAUCCGCAGAGGUCCUUGGACUUCUCUCUGCUCUGAAGUAAUCUCCUACAUCACGACAGCUCCGUACACGUUCGUUCCAGGCCUGCUAGUCUUUUCUGAACUACUGCCACUACCCCUUCCAAUGCAAACUAAAACGCCACCUACAGAUCGGGAGUUAGCAGAUGCGUCUAAUGAGAGGCGACUGUGGUCGGCUCAUCUCCACGCACUAUCUAACGACCUGACUGACAUGAUCCAGAUAAUCUGCAUGUCGACCUACCGGCCAGUAGUGCACAUGCUGCGCAGAGUGUGUGUACAAAUAGCUGACCUCGCCCCCAACACCGCGGCCACUGUCGCCCGUGCAGCUGUUGGAGCUGUUAUGCGAGAGCUGAAACCAGGAGAGCCAGCUACUGCCAGCGUGGCGCGAGUACUGGGCUUUCUAGCGUGCUUAGUGUCGCACGCGCCAGUAAAAUGCGCAGUGCUGCAUGCUAUGAACAGUGGUGGUCCUCGAGCUACCGACGUCCAGACUGCGCUGGGCUCCGUGCUGGGACUGGCCAACUCCAGCAACGAACAUGCCGCGGCACAAGAGUACGCGGCGCAUGCACUGGCAGCCUUCUGUGACGCUGAGAUUACUCUAACUCCUGUAGGUGGUACGACAGACAUCAUUUUAUCAAACUCUUUGCCGAACAAAGACGCGUUAGUCGCAUUUUUAGACUCUACGGCGGACUGCCUCGAGUCCACCACAAAGACCUGCUCCGUAGCAUCGUCUAUACUCCGAGCGUACUUCGUCCUCACGGAACAUGAGUACGGGUUCCAACAGUUCAGGAAAUUCGUAUCCAAAAGGAGAGAAAGUCUCGGGAAGUUCUUCAAAUGGGCCUUGGAAGGGCAGGGAGAAGAUAAAGCAGAGUGUUUGAGUUUGUACAUAGAUCUCAUCAGGAUCCUGAAAAUGGAAGAGGGCGAAGGUUCAGUCGGUCGGAAGACUAUGCUGACUGUUGGCGAGAUGGCUGACAUGGUGGGGUACUCACCUUCCGAUGAAGAGCAUCCUGUUCUCAAGUUGGAUAAGAUUUUCAGACCAAGAGAACAACACAGCAAUUUUAAUCACCGUUUUCAGGAAAGAAACUCCGACGAAGACGCUCUAGCGAACGCGGGCUUUCUCGCCAGUCAUCUGCAGAAGCUGAAGACCCUGGAGGAGCCCGGCACUCCCCCAGAGGUGCAGGACAUGGUGCUGCCGGCGCCGGAGACCCUCGUCGCACAGUUCCAGGCGCGGACUGUCUACUCACUCGGGGAGGCCAGUGAUGAGAGACUUACCUCCAGCUACUGGCUCAAUGUACCCGCCGCAGGGGGGGAGGACGACGUCAAUGAUAGUGAACUGGUCCCAUGCGACGUAGUGUCGCUGGCGUCGCAGUUGGUGGCGGGCGGCGGGGAGGCGCUGUGUGGCGCGGUGCGGCGCCUGGCGGGCUGCGCCGCGCUGCAGGGGGGAGGGGGGGGCGAGGCCGCGCCGCGCGACGACAAGCGGCCGCCCGUCGCUCUGUCGCGCGUGCGGGCCGAGGGGGGGGCCGACGCAUUCCGCUCGCGUCCCCCCAACACGUCGCGGCCCCCCUCGCUGCACGUCGAUGACUUCACUGCCCUGCAUCAGCCUUACACCGCCACGCAGCUUACCAGAGGUAUGCGACGUGGCAUCGCUGUGGCAGACCGCGGCCGGUUCGCGUCGGCGGCCCCCAUGCAUGCCCACUACCGACAUCUUCGGGGACGCGGUGCGUGGGAGAUGGGAGCUUCACACUUUGGACACUUCCCGCCUGCGUCUCAGUACAUGAUGGGUGGCAUGGGCUGGGGCGGCGCCGGGCGCAUGUCCCGCGGGCCGCGCCACCGCUCGUUCAUGCGCUGA